CUUCUUGCCUUUUUCUCGAAACUAAAUUGACAAGCAACUGCAAUUCAAACCUGCAACCGCCAUUCAACUCGAUUCUAAAUUCAUAACCCGCGAGAUUUCCAUCCGACUCAAUCACGAUCAUGACUGCGAACUACUCACCGAUUUCCUUCACCGAGUUCCCCGAAUUGUACCUCGUCGAUCCCCAAUUCGCCCGCCAUGUUCAAGGACAAGCUUACCGAUGACCUCUCGGAUCGGAAACCUAGCCUCGGGACGUUGUUCGCGCGAGAUCUGACGGAGAAUUCGGUCGCCGGAGGGGGAGAAUCAGGAAGCUCGCCCAACGGCGUCGCCGUGCAUCGGCCGGGAGAGGAGCUGGAACUCAUCGAGCCAAAUGGAUCUUUAGAUUUGGGGGAGAAGGGAAGUUGCGGCGGUUAUGAUUCUGCCGAGAGGAUUGCCGCGGCGGAGAAAUGGUCCGAUCUUGAGCACGAGCUUUCCCAGGAGGAGAUAAAUUUGGAGAAAUUGAGGAGAUUUGCUUUCACGGGGCUUCCUAAUGGAGGUGGAAUCAGGGCUACAGCUUGGAAGCUACUCUUGGAUUACUUGCCUCGGUCUCGAGACUUGUGGGACAAAGAGCUUUCGGGGAACAGAGAGAAGUACGCCAAGUUAAAAGAGGAGUUGCUUCUGAGUCCUUCGGAGCUUUGGAGAGAGAAAGACGAGGCUCUGAAUGAUGAAGCUGAUGUCGCUGGACAGCUUCAGCGGCAUAGAAUUGAAGAUCACCCACUUAAUGAUGUCAAGGCUAGUGUUUGGCAUCAAUACUUCCAGAAGCAUGGAGAGAUUGCUGAACAGAUCGAUCGAGAUGUGGAUCGAACUCAUCCUGACUUGAACUUCUUCUCAGGAGAUUCAUCAUUCAGUAGGAAGAACAGGGGAGCAAUGAGGGACAUUCUUCUGCUGUUUGCAAAAGUGAACCCAGCUAUUGGUUAUGUGCAAGGCAUGAACGAGGUUUUGGCGCCCAUUUUCUAUGUUUUUAGUACCACCUAUGAUGAGCAAGAUCUGGCAAAUGUAGAAGCAGACAGUUUUUACUGCUUUGUAAGGUUGAUGAGUGAUUCAAUCGAUCACUUCUGUAAACACAUGGACAAUAGCCCUGUUGGCAUCCUCUCUACACUAUCCAGGUUAAUGGAGUUGUUGAAAGCUAACGACGAGGAGUUGUGGUGCCAUCUUGUAUACACAAGCAAGGUGAAUCCUCAGUUCUAUGCAUUCAGGUGGAUAACUCUGCUACUGACUCAAGAAUUCAAGUUUCAGUCCAUAUUGAGGAUUUGGGACUCUCUUCUGAGUAGUCCAUUUGGGAACCAGUUUUGAACGUGAGGUUCUGGGUUUUAUCGCAAUCAAUUCACAGAGCAUUCAGCCUUUCUGGUAUAUUAGGGGAUGAUGGCUACCGAGACUCUGCGAUUGGAAAUCAAAGAAGGUCGAAGCAUGGAGUAAAGGAAAAGAGAUGACGAGUUCGAUAGUGCGAGAGAUAGGAAAUGCGGUGAAGAAAGCCGCGAGGAACAGAGGGAAAGGAUGGUACACGCCUCACAUGGCUGCUGCAGCAUCCGCUGUCGCGAGAAGAUUUGAUCUUGUUGAUGCUGUCAUUGAAGUUAGAGAUGCUAGGAUCCCUUUGGCGUCCGAGUAUCCACUGUACCGCCAACGCUGCCCUUCCAAACCUUGGAUCAUUGCUUUGAACAAGAUGGAUCUUGCUGAUCGGUCCCGAGUUAAUGAGUGGAGCAAGUAUUUUGAGGAGCAUGAUUGCAUUUCUUAUCCUGUGAAUUCCCAUAACAAAGACAAUGUGAAGGAGUUCCUUAACUUCCUGCAAUCACAAGUCCGAGCAUUAAACAAGGACAAUCCGGGUCAGACAAGGGUACUAAUGAUUGUAGGGAUUCCAAAUGUUGGGAAGUCGGCUCUUGCCAAUUCUUUGCAUCAGAUUGGCAGGAUAAGUGCUCUUGAAAGAGGGAAGUUCAGGUAUGCAACGGUGAGUCCACAUCCUGGAGAAACAACUGAUAUCAUUAGCUUGAAGGCAAAACAUGACCUUGGCUUCUUCAGGAACUGCAUGAGAACAUCCCUUUUUCAUUCCCCUUUCACUUAUAUUAUUGCUAGCCAUCCGAAUGUUUUUGUGCUCGAUACCCCUGGUAUAUUGCCCCCUGAGAUACUCGAUGUGGGGACUUGCUCCAAGCUGGCUUUAACAGGAGCUAUCAAGGACUGUUUGGUUGGGGAGGAGGUGCUUGCUCAAUAUUUCCUCGCUAUUCUAACCUUAGGCAGUGAAUACAAAAAGUGGACAACUGUUGGAAAGGGAUGCCCGUAUAGAGAUCAGAAAGCAGACGACUCAAGUGGUCUCCAGUCUGAGGGGAAAGGAAGAAAACAUUCUUUGACCGAUCACACACAGGAUUUCAUAGUGCAUGAUGUGCGCCAGAGUCUUUCCAAUGCGAUAACGAGUUAUGAUGGCGACCUACGGAACGAGAAGGAAUUGACAGAGCUCAUUGCGAUGCAGUUCACUGCUCUGGAAGAAGCAUUCCGCAUCCCGGGUGGAUUAGGCGAUGAAGGUCGCAGUGUCGUAGCAUCUAAAGUACUUAAUCUGUAUCGUACAGGUAGGCUUGGACACUACAGUUUAGACAAUCCUGCCUUUAUAGAGUAGUGAUUUUGGGAGAUAGUACAUUCCAUAAAAAGCAGCGGAUUCCAAAAGCACCACCUAGCUAGUUGCCAAGUUCAUCAAAGCAAUCAAUGAACAUGGUGAAGUUGAAAGGUUUCCCCAUUCAUUUGAUCUGAGCAUGAUUUUCUUUAUAUAGAUGUUGCUUGCUGCCAUUGCUAACAGUGGCAAGUCCCAGUUUUAGAUCAUCCCAAAAGAAACAAAAAAAACAUAC